UCUCCACUUCUCUCUAAAAAUAAUUUUAAAAAAGAAGUAUAGGCCUUCAUGAGACGUGCACAGGACCAGCUUCAUCAUGUGGUUCAGCAGGCACAGCCUGUUUCAUGCCUUCUGGGAUCUCAGUUGUGCUAAAACUAUCUCCAUCUUCCUUGAAAUAAUGCUGCCUGUCCUACUUCCUAUGUCAGCGUUAUGUGAAGAGACAUUUUUGGAUAAACUUCUAUAAUUUUGACAGUCCGAAUACCAGAAACUCUAGUAUUAUUUUACAAAGUGUUUUAUUUAAACUGUAGCCUGUGCUUAUAUUGAGCUGUGCCUGAAGAAAACCUGAUGUGACAUUUAGAAGAAAGGACAGUUGGUGUGUCUCUAGGUUGUGCUGAGUAGAGUUCCCUCCUCCUGUGGUGGAGGUGGGUGGAUCAGACUUAAUGCAUUAGCCUUGCUCUGAGGCCGUUCGCCCGUGCAACUUUUGAUUUUAUUGACUUUUCAUGUAGAUUAUUGUAUAAUGGACAGAGUGUAGUAAUUGACAUGCAUAUUCCUAUCCACUUCUUAGUUAUUUUUAUUGUUAUGAAUAACAUUCUUGCUUACUCAUCAAGCACUUGAACAUUUGUUAAUAUGUCAGUCUGUCUAGUUGCCACUUCUUGGAGAGCUGACAUAUGGAGUUUGCGAACCUAGAGGGCCGGAAGCUGACUCCUAUUCUUGCUGAUGCAGUCACAUGGCUGCCCUGACAGGCUUUGUGUGAAUUAUUAGUCUCUCUAGGCAGCAGCUCUUUUUCAUUUUCCUGUUUACUGGGACAGUGACAUCCCAUCCCCCACCUUUUUUUCCCCUGUGAGCAGGGCUCCCAGCUUUCCAGCCUUGAAGUGUUCUACAGUUAAAGCAAGGAGAAGAUUCGUGGGUGUUGAAUAUGCAAGGAACUGAAGAGAGAGAGAUUGGAAGAGAGGUCUGUCCAGGUUGGGUGAACAAGCCUGCUCCAGGACAGGAUGUUUCUGAAAUUGAUUCACCAGAGACGGUGGGAAAGAGACUCCAAGGGGAUGAAUCCCAGCAUUCUGCAUUUGAUGACAAAUACGCACGUGAGAGCAUGAAGGAAAACUCUCCCAGGGGCGUUCCUGAGCCACGCCUUUUUCAGGAAGGAGGUUUUAGGGGAAGAACUUUCAGCCACAAGGAAGCAUCUCCUGAAAUGAUUAGCCAAGAAUAUAAUUUUGAGAAAAGGUUGCUUUUGACCUCAAGCCUUGUUACACAUCUCAGGGUUUCUACAGAAGAGAGUUUACAUCAGUGGGAGACAAGUAGCGUACACCCCAGUGAGAUUUCAGACCAAAGUAAACGCUCAACCCUGUCCACACGGAAAAGGUCUUGGCAGUGUGAUGACUGUGGCAGACAGUUCACUCAGCGCUCAUCCCUGACCCAGCAUCAGAGAACCCAUACUGGAGAGAGACCCUACGCGUGUGAGGAGUGUGGGAAAGCCUUCAGUCGCAGUUCAUUCCUCGUUCAGCACCAGAGAAUCCACACUGGGGUGAAACCGUACAGCUGUGAGCAGUGCUCGAAAACGUUUCGAUGCCGCUCAUUUCUUACCCAGCAUCAGAGAAUACACACCGGAGAGAAACCUUAUAAAUGUAGCGAAUGUGGGAAUUCCUUCCGCAAUCAUUCACAUCUCACCGAGCACCAGCGAAUCCACACUGGGGAGAAACCUUAUAAGUGUAAUAGGUGUGGGAAGUCAUUCAAUCAGAACACACACCUCAUUCAUCAUCAGAGGAUCCACACUGGGGAGAAACCUUACUUAUGCAAUGAGUGUGGCUCCUCUUUUCGCAAACACUCAAAUCUCACACAGCAUCAGAGGAUUCACACGGGGGAGAAACCCCACAAGUGUGAUGAAUGUGGGAAAACCUUCCAAACAAAGGCAAACCUCUCUCAACAUCAGAGAAUUCAUACUGGAGAGAAGCCCUAUACAUGUAAGGAGUGUGGCAAAGCUUUUUGUCAGAGUCCAUCCCUUAUCAAACACCUGCGGAUUCAUACUGGAGAGAAACCUUAUAAAUGUAAGGAAUGUGGCAAAGCUUUUACUCAGAGCACCCCACUCACUAAACAUCAGAGAAUUCACACAGGGGAGAGACCCUACAAAUGCAGUGAGUGUGGCAAAGCCUUCAUUCAGAGCAUUUGCCUUACUCGGCAUCAGAGAAGUCACACUGGAGAAAAACCCUACAAAUGCAAUGAGUGCGGGAAGGGCUUCAAUCAGAAUACCUGCCUCACUCAGCAUAUGAGAAUUCAUACUGGAGAGAAGCCCUAUGAAUGUCAAGAAUGUGGGAAGGCCUUUGCUCAUAGCUCAUCUCUUACUGAACAUCACAGGACUCACACUGGUGAGAAACUCUAUAAGUGUAGCGAGUGCGAGAAAACCUUCCGCAAGUACGCACACCUCAGUGAACAUUACAGGAUUCACACUGGCGAGAAGCCUUACGAAUGCAUUGAAUGUGGAAAAUUCUUCAGACACAGUUCAGUCCUUUUCAGACAUCAAAAGCUCCACAGUGGUGAAUGAACCUGGCUUUAGGUUAUGGCAAUUU